AUGUACAUCACCCUCUACUACAUAGUCACCCGCCUCCCUGACACUCUUCGCCCUGUCAGGGACCACUUUCUCUCUGUUUGCCCCACCACCCUCACCGUUGACCUCCUCGAGGAGCGCCUCCUAGCAGCGGAGAAGAGCAUAGUUGCUGUAGGAGCCUCUCGUGGUGACCCUCGUGCCCCUGUCUUUGAGGGGUGCUCCCCCUCUCCCCUCUUGCCCUCUGUUGCCUCUGCUGCUGCAGCCGACCUCGUUGGAAUUGAGUCGCGGGGUGGGGGUACUGGUCCGUGCACCUACGUCCUGCGCACCGACGACCGCACGGGUGAGCCGUGCGGGGGUGCGCACUCCACCCAGCGCUGCUUUGGCCGCCUGACGGACGCUUGGCGCGACCAGUUCCUGGAGGCCACUAAGAUCCCUCGCUGGGGCGAGCUGUCAAGGGUGGGGGUUCCUAUCUUUGAUCUUGAUUAUGAUGCUAUUCUAACUGCCAUGUAUGCUGUGACUAUUAGUGAUGAGGGUGACUGUUACCGGUGUUUUCCGCCCGAUCCGGGCAUUGGGACUGCUGCUCCAGGUGCUGGUGAGGCUGCUGCUCUAGGUGCUGGUGAGGCUGCUGCUCUAGGUGCCAGUGAGUCUGCUUCCUCAGGUGCUGGUGAGUCUGCUCUCUCAGGUACUGCGUCGGCUCCGGCCUCCCACACCUUCACCCUCGACUCGGGGGCUUCCCGCUCCUUCUUUCGAGACCGCACCACGCUCACGCCGCUUAGUUGGCCAGUUGCAGUCUCUCUGGCAGACCCCUCUGGGGGUCCUAUCCUUGCCCACUUCUCCACUGUCCUAACGUGUCCGGCGGCCCCCUCUGGCACCGUGUCUGGUCUUUACCUCCCCUCGUUCUCUACGAACUUGAGUCCGGAAGCGUGA